CCCUUCCCCCCACUUCGCUUCCAGCAAGUCUCAGUAGGAGUGCUCCGGACUACAGUUAGCUCGGCUCCACCCACGUGGAAGCAGAGCAGGGAGGAGAUUCUCCCUCCUCCCACUUCAGUCCCGGAAUAGAGAAGCAGGCCCUUGUCGCAGCAUGGCUCCUGGCAGACACGGAACAAUAAGAGCGGGGAGGAACAGGGGGAUGAUUAAUUCUCCAUCCCCCCUGGUUCAGGCGGGGUGAGGCAGGCAUAGCAGAGUGAAUUCACAAAGGGAGGUGCAGUUGAGUAGCAAAGCAUCUCGGAGCCAGAUUCUGUCCCUCGGUAUACAGAUGAGUAGAGGGAGUGGGAGUGCGGUCCCCCCUCAUAGCAGCUGUCCGGUGCACAGAGGUUUAGGGAACAGGGUUUUUGUAUUACCUGCUGUGGGCAGGAGACAGCAGGGGGAUGGAAUUUUGCUUCUCCCUCCCAGUUAGUGUCAUGGGACAGGGAACUGGGGAGGAAUCAAACCCUGCACAGGGCGGACGGAGUGCAGUUAUUUGGGCCGGGUGAGCCAAGGGCAGGAUCCUUGCAACAAGAGCGAGGGGUUGGAGGAGCCUGGGAUAGUGCUUUUCAUUACCAAGGGCAGCCUAUCAGGCUUGGGCAAGGGUCUCAAAGUGAGGCACUCACCCAGGAAAGUGAGCUGGCUGCGUUUGAUGGUGGGACAGUCAGCUGGGAUUUGAUACAAGUAAUCAGGGUUAUUGUGUCUGAGGUUGUUUCCACAGCUUUGCAGGCCAUACAAGGUGUAAUGGUUCGCCCAGAUCUAGGAUAUUCCACUCAAGUGAUUGCAGGAGAUGAGGCAGACACUGAGGAUGGGAAUCUCCAGUUUAUAAUGAUGGAUUCUGGUCAUAUCAAAUACCUGCUGCAAAAGGGAAGUGUUUAAAGGCAGAUUUAAUUGAAAUAUAACUUUCACAUGGAGAAUUUGGAAUAGUGAAUAAAUUAUUGGAUAUUUGGAUAUUGUGAAAGAAAUGAAGAGAAAUUUAAGUGACAGUUCAUCUCGUAGCACAGCAGGGUGGGAAGUUGCAAAGCCAGAGCUGGCUCAACUACAGAAAACAACGAACAGUGGCCAAAUAGAACCUUCUAUGGCUCCUUCCCUGUUGAAACAACAAAACACAUCAAAGCCGCAUAUAUCAAAUACUGGAAAGAACCUGAAUAUUUUGAGAGCAGAAGAAAAGAAUACCAAUGCUAAAGUUUGGAACAGAAAUGAGCACAUGUCGCCAAGUAGCAGAAUCAAUUUGAUAUCUGAUAGUGGAAUCAUUCGAAAGUUUGAGAAUAUCUCAAAUAGUCUGAGAACUGUUCAGCAGCACAAACUACCUGAGCAUCAUAAGGCAUCACAGCAUAUUGAGACAACUGUAACAGGACAAAUAUGUUCAUCCAAAGCACAAUGGCCAGUUAUAUCCAGCACCACAUCAAGAAGUCUACAGGAUCAUAGUCCAGCAUAUAAAUUUAAUAUUCAUAAUAUCCAGCAUAAUAUUCAACAAAAUAAAGUUAAUGAAAAACAAUUUGAUCAUGUUCCAGAAGACAAAAUGAUUCAGAAAGUUCCAGCAUAUCAAUUAAAACUCAAAGAAAAAGACAAUUCUCUGCGAAUUAUAAGUGCAGUCAUUGAAAGUAUGAAGCAUUGGAGCCAGUAUACUUAUAAAACUGCACUAUUAUUUGAAGUGUUAGGCACACUUGAUUCUGCAGUCACACCUGGAGCAUAUGGAGCAAAAAGUUUUGUCUUGAGAGAUGGAAAGGAGAGUCUGCCAUGUGUAUUUUAUGAAAUUGAUCGGGAGCUUCCAAGACUAAUUAGAGGUCGAGUUCACAGGUGCAUGGGAAACUAUGACACAAAAAGGAACAUCUUCAAGUGUGUGUCUGUAAGACCUGCAACUGUUGUAGAACAAAGAACUUUCCAAGAAUUUGUUAAAACUUCAGAUGUCGAGAUGAGAGAAUGUGUGAAAACAAUGAAUGAAGUUUAAAGUAAUGUUUAUUUAAGCAAUAAUUUAAAGUUGAGAUCACACUCCUGUUGAUCAAUAAGCAUAAAGGCUGCUCAUCUUGAGCAUUUACACAAGCUCAUAUUAAAAGUAUUCUUUUAUUAAAUCCUUGAAAGCACAAUUAUAGUAUGUGUUAUGUAAAAAUUAAAAUAAAAUUGUUCCGGUUUGUUUCUACCAUUAUAUUUCUUUGUUUACUGUGCUAGAUUUUUUGUUGGGUGUGGUUUGUUAGAUUCUGCUGAAGGAAUAUGGAUUAAAAUACAGGCAGUCCUCGGACUUACGACACAACUGGUUCCUUACAAUUGUGUUGUAAGUCGGAACUCGGAACCGCAAUCUACUCCAUUGCGGGACCGAGCAUCGUAAACUCGAAACCUAUAGUCGUAAGUCGAAUCGGGGUGUCCAUACAGAAGCGUCGUAAAUGCAGUUCUUCGUAACUUGAACGUCAUAAAGUCGAGGACUGCCUGUAUUACAUUUUGGUUACAAAUACAUGAAUUUAUACAGACUCAACUUUUAGCUAAACUCAUGUACCCUUAAUGUAAACAAUGAAUAGAUUUCGCAGUGUUAUCAUGGAAAGUGGAGGGAGCAUCCCAUUCAUAGCACAGUUUCCCACCCCUUUUGUCUAACAUUGAGGGUACAGCAGUAUGGCCCAUAGAAGGCUGAACUGGGAGAUGUCCAUCCCCCCUUCCAGCAACCCCCCAGACAAUCCAUUGAAGAGUUAAUAAUUUAGCCUUAGCCCUUUAAGGGGAAAGGAGUAGGGGAGAAUCACGGGGAGCUGGAGAGUGUGCAGAAGUAUAGGGCCUCUCCAUAGAUGGUCUUAGCUUGUAAAGGAUCUCAAAAUGUCUGAGGGUGUAGGGCUGAAUACACUGCCCACUCUGAGGGGAACCUGUUCACCCAAAUGAUCUACAGGAGCCUCAGACCAUUUUCGUCCCCUUGGGCCUUGCCUGUUGGUUUCUCCAUGAGAGGAGGCAAUCUAGUCUCAUGUCAGAAAUUUACUGAGAAUUAAAUUAAAUUAAUUUUCUUGAAUUCUGAAUUAUAUGGUCAUUAAGUGUAAGUAACUGGAGCAAAAUAAGGUACUAAUUCCAUCAUUAACCUAAAUGGCUUAGAAAAAUCAGAUAAUCAAUUCUAAGUGAAUUUAUUGUUGCUUUUUAGUACGAUUGUUCCAAGAAAUUAUUUUGAGAAACUAA